AGGGAGGAAAAGUGGGCCGUAAUUGAUGUGCACUCGUGUUAACACACGUGAGCUCUGAGUGCAGUGCAGUUCAUGCCUUUGCACUCAUUUCACAUCCCUUUCCGCUUUGUCUACACAUUAAAUAAUGGCUCGCGGUCCGAAGAAGCACUUGAAGCGCUUGAAUGCGCCCAAGAGUUGGAUGUUAGACAAGUUGUCGGGUGUGUUCGCUCCCCGACCCUCGACCGGUCCCCACAAACUGCGGGAAUCGCUGCCAUUGGUGGUGAUGUUGAGGAAUCGUCUCAAGUAUGCGCUCACCCGAACCGAAGUGACCAAAAUAGUGAUGCAAAGAACCAUCAAAGUCGACGGUCGCGUCAGGACUGACAUCAACUAUCCGGCCGGAUAUAUGGAUGUGGUGACCAUUGAGAAGACCGGAGAUUUCUUCCGACUCUUGUACGACAUUAAGGGACGCUUUUCUCUGCAUAAGAUCACUGGUGAAGAGGCGAAGUAUAAGUUGUGUCGCGUGAAGAAGGUGUCGGUGGGUCCGAAAGGCAUUCCCUUCAUUGUGACCCAUGACGGCCGCACUAUCCGAUACCCGGAUCCGUUGAUUAAGGUUCACGACUCGAUUCGUCUCGAUAUCGCCACCGGAAAGAUCUUAGACUUCAUUAAGUUUGAAACGGGAAACCUCUGUAUGGUUACGGGUGGACACAAUUUGGGUCGCGUGGGGAUCAUCACGAGUCGGGAGAGACAUCCGGGAAGUUUCGAUAUCGUGCACGUGAAGGACUCCCAGGGACACACUUUUGCCACCAGAUUGGCGUAUAUAUUCGUGAUCGGAAAGGGAACCAAACCCUUCAUUUCAUUGCCCAAAGGAAGAGGUGUCCGAUUGACUGUCGCCGAAGAGCGUGACAAACGAUUGGCUAAUAAAGCCCAUUAAAGCGCUCCAGAAGAUAGACAAUAAUGUAUUGAUUAUUAUAACCAUAAAAAUCGAAAAUAAAUUUUUUGGAAAUAA